UGAUGCAACGCGCGAGAAAAUGCCGACCACGCUGCCCGCUCUGUGUCUCGUGAUGCUGGUCUUGUGCAACGUUCACGCCAGUCUUGAACAUGAAAUUCCAAGGAGGAGCUUCCUGUCACGAAGAGCCAUCGAUGGGACAAGGGGGAGGAAAUACUUCGAUCCGGAAGAAGAGGGCGCGUUCGACAGCUUUGGAUCCGCUGGUGGCCAGUACAAUCCUUAUCAGGAGAAAACAGAUUUGUCAGAUAUCAGGAGGAACGUGCCAGGGGAGCCAGGCAUCGAUUAUCCGGCAUACACGACGCUUCCUCAGACGGGAUUCACGUGCGAGGGACGGUCACGAGGUUACUACGCGGACGAGGUGGCGGGAUGCCAAGUGUUCCACGUGUGCCACGACGUGUUGGUCUCCUCGUUCCUGUGCCCCAUAGGCUCGAUAUUCAGUCAAAAGUUGCUCACUUGCGACUGGUGGACGAAGGUUGAUUGCUCGUCGAGCGGGAAAUACGUGGACGUGAACCGGAACAGUUACCAGCAGGACGACGACGAGAUGAUACGGAACGCUUACGCGAUGAUAAGCCUUCGUUCGGGGACCGACGUGACCAAGGACGGCCUGGUCGAUCCCGAUCGAACCGGUAGCAUCGUCGACUACCAGAAGGGGAGGGUAUCCGACUACUCCUCCCCGCUCGACCCCCCCACGGGGAACGAUCUCAGGACCAAGUUCGAGGAUCGUCGCAGACCUCCACCCUCCGCCCGAGACUUCCUGCCGCCCCCCUACCGCCUCAAGGAAAUCGGGAGACCGGCAGACCGCCACCAAGAGAAAUUCCAUCCCGUCCAAGAGGGGACGAAACCUUACGAGGACUCGCCCGUUAUCCGAGUCCAGAAGAUCGGCGACCCGGGAUACGACGACGAGGAGAGGAGGCGGAAGGGGCUCCAGGAGGCGACGCAUCGAAGAGGGGGGGGCAACGACGGGCAGUUUGUCAACCGGUUCCAACCCUCCUACGCGCCCACCGUGCCUACCGUCACCACCACCACCAGAAGAUUCUACUCCCCCACCGUGCCCACCACCUUCAGACCGUCCACCCUGGCCUACAACAGCCUCGACCAGGCGAUAGACAGCUCGGAUUACUAUCUCUCCAAAGGGAGCAGGGGGGACGGUUUCGUCACCCCGCCUACAUCUGCUGUGGUCAGAGCACAGGAGGGGAGGAGGGUCCCCUCGAGGAAAGCAGGAGCCAGGGAGGAGGAUUACGAGUACCCGGGGAGGCAGGGGAGCUACGAGUACGACUACGAGGAUGAGGAGGAGGAGAAGGGGAGCCGGUUCCGGGUCAGGGUGCUCGACCCGGGAACUCGGAAUGGAACUUUGGGCGAGGCGUUCGACUCGAAGGUUUAUUUCGGGUUCGAGGACGACUUCGAGACGAGAGGUAGCAUAGGCCUGGGCCAGGCGCUGCGGCAAUCGUUCAGAGGGAUCUCGGUUCAGCGGCAGAACCCGGCGAGGGACGAGGCGGCGAAGGGCGCCUCGCUCCGCCUACCAGGCAAGGGAGGGGAUACGAGGCACGGGUCGGCGAAGGGGGAGACGAUCGAGCGGCAAAGGAGCGAAACGAACGACGAACGAGGCUCGAACGACUCGACCGCGACCGAUGCCCCGUCGGUAAUAGAGAGCGCUGUAAAAGCGACGACGACAACCACCGUCGCGAGUCUCGCAGAGUCCAACGCUUCUUCCACAGCGUCGAGCGUGGCCGAGUUUUCGAGGGAUACUACGAUCGAGGGGCUCCCUUCUCGAGCCAGAUUUCAGAUUAAGGUGCCGGAUGAUUCGUCCACCUCGGCCGCAAGCAGCUCCACCCUCGACGAGUUCUACCCGAGCACGACGGAAUCCUCGAGUUUCGCCCGCAAUUAUUCCGAGGAGAAGGAACGAGCGACCACUGUUAAUAACGAAGGGAUUUCCGAUUACCAUCCCACCACCGUUGCUGAACCGAAUUUGGACGAGAUACCUUCGUUCGAUCGUUCGAGGGAGGACACCUCCACACCCUCCCUAAUUAUGAACGACGCUGAGGGGGGUGCGAAGAACGCCUCGAGCAACGCCACCUUGGAUUCCCCUCUGGGGAAGAUCCAUUGGAAGAGCCUCGUGGACGGGAAUAACAAGGACUCGCCGUACCAGGUGACCUUGACGAUGAACGGGCGCGAGCAACUCGUCCCCAUAGACGCGAGGAUCGGGGAAGAGGGGGAGCGCGAGUUGGAGAUAAUAGAAUCGGUGGAGCCGCCCCGUUCCACGACCGAGUCGAACGACCUCGAGGGGGGCGAGAGGGGGGGCGCGAUAAGCCUUCGCCGAUUGAUGUCCGAGCUGUUCAAGUUGGACCGAAUCCCUCGACCCUUCUCCUCCCCCUCCUCUUUCCCCUCGUCGAACGAGCAGGAACCGAGGCUCGAACAGGAACGAGAAGAGACUGACGCGGAGCUGAGAGCCCGGACGAGGAUCCUCUACGACGUUCUGACGACGAGGAGGGCAGAACAGGCGAGCGCUGGGGAAGUUGGGGAGAGUUGGAGGGGGGAGGAGAUUCUCGACCGGUUGGCGGAGAACUUCGGUGAGCCCCUCUACAAGGGGGGGAAGAAAGGGGGUCCGGUGUUCGAGCUUCCAGGGGAGGAGAGGGCGGUCGAUUUCCACGACGGAGGAACGAUGGAGGAGGAGGAGGAGGAGGAGAGGAAGGUGGAGGUCUCGACGCCGUCCUCCUCCACGAGCGCCGAGACGAAGACAGUGGUGAAGACGGAGUUCGUACCGUCGUUAGGAUUCUCCUUGGACACCGACGAGGGAAGGGAGGAGUACGUGGAGGCAGUUUUGGGGGGGUUGAUCGAGCCACGCGCGGCCGGAAGCGAGAAGGGGGAGGCGAUUUUGGGGGGAUCGUUUGAGAGGAAGAACGAAACCUUGGAGGGGAAGAUGUAAGGGGUGGUUUUCUCUUAGAACUAACUUUUAGAAUUUAAAAAAUCUGUGAUGCGAUGCCGUUUCUCUUUUCUCUUAUUCUCUUCUUUCGUUCUCUCGAUCCAGCCGAUCUUCGAUCAGCAACAAUAAUAUCGUGCGUGGGAAUUGAUAAAAAAGUGUCCUUUUUCUUCUUCUUCUUCUUCUUCUUCUCUCCGAGAUCGAGAAUUCGAGAAUUGAUAAUUUUGAUGAAGAAAUAAAAUUAUAUAUUUA